UGAUAGCAUACAGGCGUUUAGAAAUGAAGCAGCUCUUUUGAAUUUAAUAAUGAGAGAUACAUUUCGAAAACCUAUUCAGGCUGAAGGUAUUCUCCUAUUUAUGCAAGUAUCUUCAAAUAAGCGUAAGGACUAUUUUGCUGUACCGUUCAUGUUAGCUAAGAGUAACGAAUACGUUGAAAGAAAAAUCAUAUCAACGACCGAAGAAACAGUCAAGAAGAAUUGCAUGUGCUCAAAGAUAUAUGAUCCUAUUUGCGGAUCAAAUGGUCAAUCCUAUUAUAAUCUGUGUCAAUUGGAAUGUGAAAAUAAAAACGGCACCGUGUCUGUUAAGCACCAAGGGAACUGUAUACCUUAUAAAUGAUAUUAAUUCUAUUUCAACGAAAGGUAAUUAUUAAUAGGAGGGUGCAAUAAAUCGAUGUGUUUUAUUGUUA